GCAUCCUUUCUCACACACAUUUCUGUAGAUGGCUUGUGAACAAACAGCUACUUGAGUGAAAAAAUGAGCAAUGGAGUGAGUUGGACGGCCCUAACUGUGAGGGAGAGUUCAGGAGAGAGAUUCGGCCUUUGUGUCCCGUCUGAGAUUGAUUCAGUGUCGGUGUCACAGGAGCUGAAGAGGAGAGCUCACAUACAGGCUCCUGCUGGACAUGAAACUUCACUUCAUUAACUGAUUGACCUCGAUGUGACUUCUUGAACUGCUGGAACGGUGGGGACGUUUGGGAUUUUGCACGACUGAAAGAGAGCCACCCCCUGUCUUGAGGUCUGACAGUGGAGUGAGUUGGGUAUUUCCAGCGCUGACACAGACAUUGGCACCCGCUGUGCUCCAUACAAGUUAGCAGCUUAUGCAAAAACUUACUCAGCACUUCAACGUUAGUAUCAGCAAUGUCAUGCAAAUAUAAAAAUUAAACUGAAGCUCAUUAUGUCUUUGAGAAAAUGUGCACCUAAAAUUAGCAGGAGUUCAACCUGGACAAGCUGAGGACCUGCAAGAGAUAAAGCUCUGCCUGUUUUCUGCAGAAUCUCUGCUGUGCUCUGAUUUUUAUAAAACUGCGACAGAGAUCUGUGUGGAUUUGCUGCAUGUGUCAGAGAAUCACUGCUGACACCAAACUCCCACCCAUCACCAUCAGCAGAUGCAGAGGAAGUUUCAGCAGGAGGAGGUGAAGCUUGGCGGAGCUGCUAUGUCUCUGUCGGCCGACCUGAGCUGCCUGCAGGGCGGCAGAGGAGAGGAGCGUGAGGAGGCGCUGGCCUCGCUGGAGAAGCAGCUCAUCUGCCCCAUCUGCCUGGAGAUCUUCAACAAGCCGGUGGUGAUCCUGCCCUGCCAGCACAACCUCUGCAGGAAGUGUGCCAACGAGCUCUACCAGCCAUCCCUGUUCCAGGCUCGGACCACCAUGCUGGUGAACAGCGGUCGUUUCCGCUGUCCGUCCUGCAGACAUGAAGUGGUGCUGGAUCGUCACGGAGUCUACGGCCUUCAGAGAAACCUGCUGGUGGAGAACAUCAUCGACGUCUACAAACAGGAAGUCAGCAAAGCCAUCGCCACGAGCCCCAUCCCUCUUCCUCCUCCACCUCCAACUCAGGUGACAUGCUCAGACCAUGAGGGUGAAAAGGUGAACAUCUACUGCCUCACCUGUCAGGUGCCCACAUGUUCUCUCUGCAAAGUGUUUGGGGCUCACCAGACCUGUCAGGUGGCACCUCUGACAGACGUCUACCAGCAGCAGAAGGAUAAGCUGAGUGAAGGAAUCAGCUCUCUGGUGGCAUUCAACGACAAAAUCCAGGCUCUGAUCAACGAGGUGGAGGAGACCUGCAGAACUGUAGAGGAGAAUUGCAAGACUCAGAAACUGAGUGUCUGUGACAAGUUUGACCGCAUGUUUUCCAUCCUGGAGGAGAGACGUAAGGUGAUGACACAGCGAAUCAGCUCUGAGGAGGAUGAAAAAAGAAGCCACAUCCAGGCGCUGGUGCGUUGCUAUGGAGACAGUGUGGACGCCAAUAGCAAGUUGGUAGAGAACGCCACCAGCAGCAUGGAGGAGCCGGACAUGGCGGCUUUUGUUCAGAGUUCAAGAGAACUACUCACAAAAGUGGUAACAGCGACCAAGUCCUGCCCAUCUGAGACGCUGAAGUCAGGCUAUGAGAACCUGAGCCCCUACAGAUUUAACUUCAGCACACAGGAAAGAGCUCUGAAUAGCAUUGACUUCAUCAAAGAUGUGGAGGAUGUUCCUGAAGAACCAGAGGUGGCUCCAGAACCAGCGGAACCCAAAGAACCCUUUAUCCAGAACAUAGAGCCAAAACAAUACCAGGAAAACUCAGUGCAGAACCUGGAAUCUGUUGUAGAACCAGUUAAAGAGUCGAUUCCAACAGUGAUAUCUGCACCAGUGGAACCGGCCCUGAUUGAGCUGGCUCCAGGAUUGGUGAGGGAUUCUGUGGAACCUGCUGGGGAGGUUGCACAGCUGGAGGCUGAUGACCCAAAUGAUGGAAGAUCAGGCCUGAUUAAAGUGGAGAAGCAGGAGGAGGAGAAAUUGGAGGCGGAGAGAUGUCCAGCUCCUGAUCUGGUUAAAGAGGGAAACAUCUGCCAACACCAGGAGGGAAUGAGCACACAGCAGGCUGUCACUCUGCUCUUCUACCUGCUGGCCUUCCUGGUCAUCCUGCAGAGGGUGUGGGCUUACAUCGGCUGCUUCAUUUGCACAUGAGAACACCAGCAGGAGACACACAUCACCACUGCUGCACAGCUCAGAUGGAGGCUGAGACCAGGAGCUCUGCUCACCUCAGUCCUCCCCUCUCCUCCUCCUUCGCCCUCAGCGAGGCUCCUCAUCGGCCCAGUUUCUGCUUCUCCUGGUUCAACCCCCUCCUCAGGAAGAAGUAGAAGGAAGAGGGAGGCAUCUGGAGAGAAAGUUCUGCUGUGGAGAUGAAGAAGGGCACACUUCAUUCAGUCCAGAGUCAGUUUAAGCUCAAUACUGAUCUGGAACGUGUGUCAAAACUUACUUGUGUUUUUUUCAUUGACACAGCAGAAAUCCUCAGACAAAUAAACAUGGACGAACACAGCUUUCAUCAAGUGUUGUAUGAUGGAGACAAAAUUUCUGCUCUGGAUAUGAUUUAAUGAGAGAGAUGCUGAAACUCACUGAGAAUAUAUUGAUUUUUUUUUUAAGCAUGAUGGCGCAUUUCAUAGCAGGUGUGGCAACAAAGAUAGAAUUUGAAAUAUGUAACUGUUAUUGGCAAGAAGAGUGGAGGAACUGAAAGUUGUAAUCACCACAUAUGCAAAACUUUUAUCAGUUGCAAUAGAAGAAGAGGAACAAUCUGUUUUUCAAAAGAAGAAUAAGUCUUGAAUGUGAUGGUGGAAUGUUUACGAUAUCCUGGUACUGUAAGUAAGGCUGGGUGAUAUGGACAAAGUUUAUAUCCUUAUUGAUAUAGCAUUUUAUUAAAGCAAAAUCAGAUUUUUGUCAAAGCAAUAUGUGGAUUUCAUCACGUAUUUUCAGCUGUUUUGAUCACUUGUUUAUGAAGGGUCGAUAUUAGUCAGCAAGGAGACUGAUAGCUGAUAACUAAAUCUUGGUAUCAAUAUAUAGAAUAAUACAAAGUCCACAACUAAACUUAAUUGAAGUGCAUUUGUUUUUUUAUGUUGUAUUAAAGGAAAACUUUUCAGCAUUAAUCCUUCAGUGCUGAUUGGCUGUUACUGCUGAUGUGUAACCAAUCAGAUAGUGCUGUGGCUGGGACAAUGUUUGAGACUUUAACAGAGAAUUUUUGUUCUAUAAAGAAAUUGCUUAAAAAUAAUCAUAAACAUAAUCAGAAAAAUGCUGAAUAUUGGCAAUAUAUCGCAUAAUCAAUAAGGCCAAACAUCAGACGAUCCAUACACUGUAAAAAAUGUCCUCUAAAAAACGAUGAUUAUACAUGUUUAGCAGAUUUCAAUUCAGUAAAAUAAUCUGAUUUUACAGUCACACAUUGUAAAGCAACAAGCUAAAUUUGGUAACAUACAGACUUUUUAUAUGGGCAAUAUUUACAGUUUUGGACAGUUUUUGUGUUUUUUAAAAAAGUAAAUUGAUAUUUUUUUCUUUGAUUUUGCUAGAUAUCUGUAAUUUAACAAAUGGGGAAAUCAUCUGUAAAUUUUUUGAUCAUUUUUGAAAAGCUUAACAUACAUAUUCAUUAUUUCAAAUAAUUGCAAAUAUUUGUACUAUAAUGACAUUUGUUGCUAAUUUAAAUACAGUAAAAAAAAAAAACAUUUAUGGUCAGACAUUGUAAAAGAAAGAAUUACCAUUUGUAAAAAUACAGAUUUUUGAUGUGGAUACUAUUGACCGUUUUGGCAAAGUUUUUUGUUUAUUUUGUUUUAUUUUUUAGUUGUAAAUUUAAGAAUUUAUUUCUGUAAUUUUACUAGUUAUUAUCUGUCAUUUAACAAACUAAAUUGUAAAAUAACAGAUAAUUCUUCAAAGAAUUAUAAUUGCAAACUAAGAUAUAAACAGUGUGGCUUAUAUCUUAAUUGUCACAGCGUUUUCGUCAGUUUUAGGGCAAAAAUAGUAACUUUUCAAAAACAAUGUGUGUGUGGUUUUAAUUACUUACAAUUUCUUAGUUUGGUCAAAUGUGUUUCUUUGUCUAAAAUUAAUUUACCAUUAGAAGUAUGACAGACGAAGCAGAAGUUUUGGUGACUUUAAUGUGGUUAACUUAAGUAAAUGAUAGAUUUGUUUUUCUUGAAUGACAACAUUUUAAAACUUUAGAGGGAGCUCUGGACUGGAGACAUAGUUUCAGCUGGAUUAAUCACUUUCACUAUCACUUUUUUUCUUUGCUUUUUUUUCUUUCUUCUUUAGUUUCACUUGAAAUUGCUCUGAAUGUGUCAUGUUUGGUACAGAUAUAUAUUUUUUAAUGCCAGAGUGCACCAGAGCAGCCUUUUGUGUGCAUUUAGGAAUGUGUUUGACAAGCUGCUGUCUAUGCAAGAUGAAUAGCUCAGAUGAGAUACUGUUUUUGCUUCAUAUGUUUAGAAAUGUAAUAAAUCUGAUUUUGGUCUCCUACAAUAUGUUUGUGUGGAGAUGUGACUGUGAAGACUCACGGUCUAACACUGUAAUAAAUGUAGUAUUUGCA